CGACAUUCCAUGGAUGCUUUGAUGAAACGUAAAUAAACAAUACUCGUCAUUGUCAAAUUGUGUAAUAAAGUGACAGACAACAUUUGACCGGAGCUAGAACACCAGGUAAAUAUCUGUUCAGAGAUGCAUUCCGUGGAGCGUCCUAUUUCUCCCGACAGUCCUGUGGACCACCAGAACAGAGGAAAGGUGACGCUGGUUCUGGAAUCGAUAAAGAAGACUGUCUUUAUUUUUGGAACUGCAUUUAUUGUGUUUAUUGCAGCCAGCAAUUCCAUCACAUGGCAUCUACAAAGAAUAUGGGGUGCCUCAGGUGACCUAUGGCAGAACACAUGGGAUAAGAUUUAUCUUAUUUUUAAGGAAAAUGAUUCAUUCAUUGGCAUUGCAGGAACCUACAUGGUAACUAUGUGUGUGUUUUGGUUUGCCAACUUCUUUCUCCUGAUGAUAGAAGUUACUCAACGGCCAAAAUGUUUGAUUAAAUACAAGAUACAAGAAGGUCCUGUGACAGAGAAACACCUGCCUAUGGUGAAGAAAGCUGUGCAAGUGGUGCUGUUCAACCAGACUGUGAUCUCCAUACCAUUCAUGAUUGCGAUGUACUAUGUUAUGAAGUGGCGGGGCUGCAUCUUCCACGGGGAACUCCCCACGUUCCACUGGUUCCUGCUGGAACUCACUGUGUUCUCCCUUGUAGAAGAAGUGUGUUUCUAUUACACUCACAGACUUCUGCACCAUCGGAAUAUUUACUCCUACAUCCACAAAUGCCACCAUGAAUGGACGGCCCCUAUAGGCAUAAUCGCCCUCUAUGCCCACCCUAUAGAACACGUAGUCAGUAAUCUACUACCCCCUGUCCUAGGCCCAAUUCUGAUGGGGUCUCACCUGUGCUCAGCCUGGGUGUGGUUCUGUAUAGCUUUGCUAUCUACCACAGUGGCUCACUGUGGUUACCACUUUCCAUUGUUGCCAUCUCCUGAGGCCCAUGACUACCACCACAAAACGUUUAUAAACAACUUUGGAGUUCUUGGAAUCUUGGAUCGUCUCCAUGGGACAGACCAUAGUUUUCGGGCCAGUAAGGCUUACCAGAGACACAUUCUUCUCCUGGGACUCAUCCCAUUGUCUCAGCAGAUCCCAGAAUCCCCAUCUAAAAAGUCAGAUUGAGGCUGGAGUGACUGAACAAAACAGAAAAAUGAGCAUUUAUCCCACCAAGAUAUUUAUGGAGCUGGAUUUAUUGUUGUAGUAUGUUGGAUAAAUUUGUAAUAUGAAGUACAAGUAUUGAUUUACAUAUGUUUUUGUUUUACUAAUCUUAAUUUUGUACUUACUUAUUUUGUAAUUGGUAAUUUGUGGAUAUUUGAGGAUACGGAAAAAUAAAAUAGAACAAUAAUUACCCUCUCAGAGGAAUUGAGAUAACAUAUACAUUAUUGAGAGAGAUGAAAUGUCGCACCGGAUGAAGUGCUCAGCCUUGAGUUUGCUUGCUAUUUGUUGGCACCAUGUUAAGAUUUAUUUUAUUAGAAAAUAUAACAGAAUUGUGUGUUGCAUUUUUAUCUACAUUAUACUGGUACCAUUUUUUUCAAGUCCUUGCAAUUUGUUUGGGCUCCAUGUUUUAUUAGUUUAUGAGUGCAUGUUUUUCAUUUUAUCAGCAUUGUACCUGUAUAAAAUCUUUAUUCCUUAAUUUACACAUCUUCAUCAAGAAUACUCACUACCUUAGGGCAUUAGAUCUGAUUUUCUUCACCUGUCAAUAUUGUGCUUACAACAAUUUGUUUUAGUAUUAUGUCUCCUCCUAGUCUUACGUUUGAGACAAUCUUGUUCCCUCAUUGCUUUUACAUACAUAUGUAUUUGAAAGGCCAUGUAAUGAUGCUUUCUUGUAUCAUAAUUGCUUUUCUCGUGCUUUGAGCUUGAGGCAGAGGCCAGAUUUUCUGGUAUACUUGUUUAGCUGUGGCAAAUACCGGUAACAUAGUUGUUGUGUAGAUUGACUUUAAUUUUUAAUAAAUGACCAUAUCUCAUUAAAA